AUGUCGGACAACGCGCUCCCCCCGCCCCGCCCCUUCUUCGUCGGUGACGAGGACGCGUACACCACCGACACGGACUCUGACAGGGAACCUCCCACGAGCGCUACCCCAUUCCGCACCCAACAUGCCGUCCCGCAGAAUGUUGCGGCGGCACGGCCCCCACGAGGCCGCCCAAUGCCUCAACGACGAGGCUCCACAGGAUCACAGACAGCCUCCAAUACUCGUGCCGUUAAUGAUCAAGCUCAAGGUCCAGGUGAAAGCGGAGCCUGGUCGCCGUCAGCGUUGUACCAGGACGACCCCAUGGCCACUUCCCCACAUUCCCAAAUCCUCACCGUUCCCGCUGCCCUGAGCGCCCCACAGGACACCCGACAGCAGCAGCAACCUUCUGCGUCGCCGACGUCCAGUAGAGCCGAACGACCAGUCUCACCAGGUGUACUGAGGGGACGCCCGCCUCCUUCGGCGUACCCCUUCCCGUUCCAGGCGUACGUAGGAAACCCAGACCCAGGCAUGGCAAUCCCUGGUAUUCCUCGAAGGUACAGUCUCGAGAUGAACAGGGAUGCUGGAAACCGGACGAGCCUUGACUCCGAUUCGUGGAGCAACUAUGCGCCAGCUGUAACGUACAAUGAGCUCGGGAGGCCGCAUGCACCCUUCAUGGCCGAGGGCGGUAAUUCGCCCGCUUCAGGCUCGGGUUCAGCCAACAACUCAACCACCAAUUUGAAUGCAAGUGUUGCUGGUUCUUCUUCUAACUCGGUAUACCGUCAAUCUGCAGCAGCCGGGUUAUCAGCUUCACCCCCUUCCCCUCACCAAACUUAUCCUCCGAGCCAGGGCGGAAAUGGUGGUGGCAUUCCUCGGACCUCGUCAACACAUUCCUUCCGUGCACCAUUCCUUUCUCCUGCUUCUCGUCCGUCCUCAUCGUUGUGGUCUCCUCCUUCCUAUCCACAGCUUCCCACAUUCCCCCACGUGCCCGGCGGAACACCACCCUCGAAUGGUUCUGACGGUAUCGAUGGCGGAAGCACGCCAAACUUAGCCCAACUAGCGUACCCGUACCCUCCGGCUCGCGCUCCCAAGAAAAAGGUUCUACCUUCAACUCGCCUGGCUGCUAAGUUGACCAAGGACGACAAACCUUGGAUGAAGCAGAGGGAUGUAAGAGGCUCGCUGUCCUGGUGGUCCACACUCUUCCUCAUCCUCCUCGGCAUCAUCGGAGCCGCCCUCAUUUGUUUCAUCGGUGUCUCGAAUGUCAACACCUUGUCAGACUCGCAGCUAUGCUUGGUGAUGGACGACAGCUUUGGGGGUGGGAUCAGCGAGGAUAAUUGGAUUCACGAGAAUACUGCCUCGGGGCUGGGCGUGAAUGCGUUCAGCAUGUCCAGUGACAGUGACAAGAAUUCGUUCGUCAGAAACGGACAGUUGUAUCUCUACCCGACGUUGACGUCGGAGAGCGAUCUUGGGUUGAGCAAUAAUGAUGUGCUCAAUGGCGCGAACUUCACAGUCCCGAAUUGCUCAGAGGGCUCAAGGCAGGUUGAACAGAAGAAUGGGAACAGGACUACGACGGUAACCGUCGCUGGUGAAGGAUGCAGCGUCUCGUCGAACCAGGCUCUUGGGAAGGUCAUCAACCCAGUGCUCUCAGCAAGGUUGAGUACGAGGGGCAAGAAGAGCUUGAAGUAUGGAAAAGUAGAGGUUAGAGCGAAGCUGCCGAAAGGGAAUUGGUUGUGGCCCUCCAUCUCGUUGUACCCUGAGCAGCCUACAUACGGAGAUGGUCCACUGAGCGGGCGGAUCGACCUACUUUCAUCCAGGGGUAAUACGCCCACGCAGAAGGAGAAGGUGCCGCUGGGUUUCACGAGUGCUACAAGUCAAUCCGGCCUGUUCUUUGGACCCUUCAAAGCUACCAGAGACAGUGCUGGUCAAACCUUCACCGGCUCGAACUUGACACCCUCCUUCUUGGCCCCCCUCUCUGCACGGAUCUUCGGGUACGUCACCAACAAACGCGAGCCCCUGGACGCGUCCUUCCACACUUAUGGCAUGGAGUGGACCCCGCAGUGGGUGAGGUUCUAUCUCGACGGUAAAGUGCGGAGGGUGCUGGAGGUGCAGAUUGAGAACGGGGGAAAGCUGGGUGGUGUGGGCGGGCCGAAGGGGAAAUCGAUCUUUGACCGUGGCGACUUCCCGAAGACGGCGAGAAAUGGGAGCGCGGAGGUCGUGGUGCAGAACCCGUGGGAUGGGGCGGCCGCGAGCGCGCCUUUUGAUCAACCGUUUCAUUUGGUGAUCGAUUUGUCUGCUGGAGGGACCUCGGGCUGGUUCCCGGAUAACCUCGGUGGCAAGCCGUGGUAUGACGGAUCGGAAACUGCCAUGAGGGACUUUUUCAAUGCCAAGGAUCAGUGGUACCAGACUUGGCCGCUGAACGAAGAUGAAAGGUCGUUUAGGAUCGAUUCGGUCAAGAUGUGGAAGAUUUGUAACAUCGACUAA